UAUUCGGUGGGUGACUAGUACAGAAAAAUAUAUACCCAUUUCGUGUGGACUAACGUGAGUUUUUGAGUAAGGCCUGCGCUUUACAGGGUUAAAAGAAACAGCCGCUGAUCUGCCUAGAUUUCGAAAACUUUCCAGAGUUCGCCAUUGGGUAAAUUUGGCAACCUGGCGCGGCAAGUUCAACAGCAGCAACUCCCGUAACCCAGUUACACGGUGAUGCUACAUCAGUAAUGGAAGCCAUGGCAGUGAGCACAUCAGCGCAGGGUUCUGAGGAGUUUGACCGGAAUGCCCCGCGUAUCUGUGGUGUCUGCGGAGACAAGGCAACCGGGUUUCACUUCAACGCCAUGACCUGCGAGGGCUGCAAGGGUUUCUUCAGGCGGAGUAUGAAACGGAAGGCCAACUUCACCUGCCCCUUCAAUGGCAGCUGCACCAUCACCAAAGACAACCGUCGGCACUGCCAGGCCUGUAGACUCAAACGCUGCGUUGACAUCGGCAUGAUGAAAGAGUUCAUUCUGACAGAUGAGGAGGUGCAGAGGAAGAAGGAGCUGAUCCUGAAGCGGAAGGAGGAGGAGGCAGCGCGGGAGGCGCAGAAGCCCCGCCUGAGCGAGGAGCAGGCACAGAUCAUCAGCACGCUGGUGGAGGCGCACCAUAAGACCUACGACGACUCCUACUCCGACUUCGUCCGCUUCCGACCUCCAGUAAGGGAGGGUCCAGUCACGCGCAGCGCCAGUCGGGCAGCCUCACUUCACUCCCUCUCAGAUGCAUCUUCAGACUACUUCAACCACUCACCAGAGUCCGUAGACGCCAAGCUGAACUUCAGCAGCCUGCUGUCGAUGUACCAGGAGGGUUCGGGCAGCCCGGAGUCCAGCGAGGGCGACGGCUCGCGCCUCUCCAUGCUGCCCCACCUUGCUGACCUCGUCAGCUACAGCAUCCAGAAGGUCAUCGGCUUUGCCAAGAUGAUCCCCGGUUUCAGGGAACUGACUGCUGAAGAUCAGAUAGCUCUGUUGAAGUCCAGCGCCAUAGAGAUCAUCAUGCUUCGCUCCAACCAGUCCUUCAGCCUGGAGGACAUGACCUGGAGCUGCGGAGGGCCAGACUUCAAAUACUGCAUUACAGACGUCACCAAGGCUGGCCACACUCUGGAGCUGCUGGAACCACUGGUGAAGUUUCAGGUGGGGCUGAAAAAGCUCAACCUGCAUGAAGAGGAACAUGUGCUGCUCAUGGCCAUCUGCCUCCUGUCUCCAGACCGCCCCAGCGUGCAAGACCAUGCGCGCAUCGAGACGCUGCAAGACCGCCUGUGUGAGACGCUGCAGGCGUACAUCCGCAUCCACCACCCCGGCGGGCGGCUGCUCUAUGCCAAGAUGAUCCAGAAGCUGGCCGACCUGCGCAGCCUGAAUGAGGAGCACUCCAAGCAGUACCGCUCGCUCUCCUUCAAGCCCGAGCACAGCCUGCAGCUCACACCGCUCGUGCUCGAAGUGUUCGGCAGCGAGGUGUCCUAGCGCCAGGGGAGGGGCCGGCCCUUGGCCCCUCCCAGCCCCAUCGCCGCAGUGACGAGCACGGGAGCCGCUCUGCCUCCCAAGGAGCACGGGAGGAGGCCGAGAAGCCAAGGGCCGUCGCGGGGCACGGGC